AUGGCUUCCGAAAGCUUUGGCUUCCAGGCCGAGAUCUCCCAGCUCCUCGACCUAAUCAUCAAUACCUUCUACUCCAACAAGGAGAUCUUCCUUCGUGAAAUCAUCUCGAACGCGUCCGACGCGCUCGACAAGAUCCGUUAUGCCUCCCUCACCGAUCCCUCGAUCGUUCCCGACAAGGAGAACAAAAUUCUCUCCAUCAUCGAUACCGGUAUCGGCAUGACCAAGGCCGACCUCGUCAACAACCUUGGUACGAUCGCGAAGUCGGGCACGAAGGGCUUCAUGGAGGCGCUCCAGUCCGGGGCCGACAUCUCCAUGAUUGGCCAGUUCGGUGUCGGUUUCUACUCGGCAUACCUCGUCGCCGAGCGGGUGCAGGUCAUUUCGAAGCACAACGACGAUGAACAGUACAUCUGGGACGAGAUUCGCCUCUUCCUCAAGGAGGACCAGCUCGACUACCUCGAGGAGAAGCGCAUCAAGGAGAUCGUCAAGAAGCACUCUGAGUUCAUCUCGUACCCCAUCCUUCUCGCCGUGACCAAGGAGGUCGAGAAGGAGGUGGAGGACGAGGAGGAGGUCAAGGAAGAUGGCGAGGAGUCGAAGAUCGAGGAAGUUGACGACGAGGAGAAGCCCAAGAAGACGAAGAAGAUCAAGGAGAAGGAGCUCACGCAGGAAGAGCUCAACAAGACGAAGCCUAUCUGGACGCGCAACCCCUCCGACAUCACCGCUGAGACACUUCUCUGUCGAGGCGCGCCUUUCGAUCUCUUCGAGUCCAAGAAGAAGCGCAACAACAUCAAGCUUUACGUUCGCCGCGUCUUCAUCAUGGAUGACUGCGAGGACCUUAUCCCCGAGUACCUCAACUUCAUCAAGGGUAUCGUCGACUCUGAGGAUCUGCCCCUCAACAUCUCGCGUGAGACUCUCCAGCAGAACAAGAUUCUCAAGGUCAUCCGCAAGAAUCUCGUCAAGAAGUGCAUGGACGUAUUCUCUGAGAUCGCCGAGGACAAGGACAACUUCAACAAGUUUUACGAGGCGUUCGGCAAGAACAUCAAGCUCGGUAUCCACGAGGACGCCCAGAACCGCAGCAAGCUUGCCGAGUUCCUUCGCUUCUUCUCGACGAAGUCGACCGAGGAGAUGACUUCGCUGAAGGACUACAUCACGCGCAUGCCUGAGGUCCAGACGAACAUCUACUACCUCACUGGCGAGUCGCUUUCUGCCGUCAAGGACUCGCCGUUCCUUGAAGUCCUCAAGAAGAAGGGCUUCGAAACCCUCCUCCUCGUCGACCCCAUCGACGAGUACGCGAUCACUCAGCUCAAGGAGUUCGAGGGACACAAGCUCAUCUGCGUGUCGAAGGAGGGUCUGGAGCUCGAGGAGACCGAGGAGGAGAAGAAGGCGCGCGAAGAGGAGGCUGCUCAGUUUGAGGACCUCUGCAAGGCGGUCAAGGACGCGCUCGGCGACAAGGUCGAGAAGGUGGUCGUCUCGAACCGUAUCGCCGACUCUCCUUGUGUACUUGUCACUGGCCAGUUCGGCUGGUCUUCGAACAUGGAGCGUAUCAUGAAGGCGCAGGCUCUUCGUGACUCGUCCAUGUCGUCCUACAUGGCGUCGAAGAAGACGCUCGAGCUCAACCCUACCAACCCUAUCGUGAAGGAGCUCAAGCGCAAGGUUACUGAGGACAAGGCGGACAAGUCCGUCCGUGACCUCACCUACCUGCUCUUCGAGACUGCCCUCCUCACCUCUGGCUUCUCGCUCGACGACCCCACGUCGUUCGCGAAGCGCAUCCACCGUAUGAUCGCUCUCGGUCUCGACGUUGACGAGGACGACUCUACGCCGGCGCCAGCAGCGACGACGGAGACGCCCGCGGUCGAGGUCGCGUCGACGUCGGCGAUGGAGGAGAUUGACUAA